UCCUCUUCUCCCCUUUUCUUGCUCUUUCCUUUUUGUAUUUUCACAAUGGCUCCUGCUACAUAUUCCUUUCAGGACACACUUCCGCGUCUCCCAAUACCCUCACUCAAGAACAGUUGUGACCUUUACCUCCGCACUCUUGUACCUCUCCUCACUCCCCAAGAGUAUGCUAACACAGAGCGCAUCGUAACUGAGUUCCAGACCAGUGAACUUGCUCAAUCCCUCCAACAACGACUCGUUGAUCUCGACCAAAAGUCGCCUUACAACUGGCUUGAAGAUAAUUUCUGGUUAAACAAAGCAUAUCUUGAAUGGCGUGAACCUGUGAUGGUCAACAGCAACUGGUACAUCCUUGGUCAGGAUGACGCCAACCACCCCAAGGAAUUAUUGGCCAAUAACGCCAAGUCGGUUGCCCCUGGAGAAUUCACUCGUUUCCAGAUUCGCAGAGCUGCUCACAUGGUUUUACGCGGUGUUCACUACAAAGAAAUUAUUGACAGACAGGAACUUCCUGUUGAGAUGAUGAAAGGUAACAAGGCGCAAUGCAUGUGGCAGUACAGUCGUAUCUUCGGUGUUACGCGUGUACCCCUUCCCCACUGUGAUUCAGUAUUACAAGGCGAUGCUUCAAAGCUCCGUCACAUCAUAGUCGUUGUUCGCGACCAAUUGUUCAACCUGGAAGUUUAUGAUCAAAACGGUCCAAAAUCUGUUGAUGCAUUAGAGAAGGAUUUGUUGAACAUUGUUACAUAUGUACAGAACCUUCAGCAACUGGAUGCCGCUAUUCCUCUGUUGACCAGCUGGGACCGUGACAACUGGGCUGUGGCUCGAAACCAUUUGUUGACCAUCGAUCCUUCCCAUCGUGUAAACACCCAGAUAAUUGAGACUAGUUUGUUUGGUCUUGCCCUCGACGAUUACAGCCACGGAGACGCUCUUUCUGAUCGCACACGUUCUAUGUUCUGUGGAAACCAGGGUAUUGGAAACGGACACAACCGUUGGUUUGAUAAAUCAUUUUUGCUUAUUGUCGACAGCAGCGGAAAGUGCGGUGUAUCUGGAGAACACUCUCCUGCAGAUGCGUUGACUGUGAGCUUUACAUUUGAUCACAUGCUCAUGGAGACCUGUCCUGGUCCAUUCGAUCCUAGUGUUAUUAGCAAGGCUACUACACCAGCAACAGCCAACUUGUCCGCUGUUAACCACCUUCGCUGGAAAUCUGACGCCAAACUAAUCCAAUGUCUGGCAGAUGCUCAAAUAGCAGCCGAUGCCGUUGCCUCAAAAUCCGACUCGGAUGUCCUUAUAUUUACUGAAUUUGGUAACGACUGGGUUAAGAAGGUUGGACGCGUUCCUCCAGAUGCUUUUUACCAAAUGGCUCUUCAAUUGGCCUAUUUCCGUACUCACAACACUGUCGUACCUACCUACGAGUCUGGUUCUACUCGAAAAUACCUUCAUGGUCGCACAGAAACCAUUAGAUCCUGCAGCACUGACAGCAAACGCUUUGUCGAAGCAUUUGUUAACCCUUCUGUUGAUACCAAGUAUGAGCUUCUGCAAAAAGCUGCCGUUGCCCAUCGCGACUACACCAUGAUCGCAAGUGAUGGUUACGGUUGCGAUCGUCAUCUGAUGGCCCUCCGUAUUUUGAACGCUGACCACCAGAUGCUGUCCAAAUCCGGAAAGUUUGAGGAUGUACCAAUGCACCCCAUAUUUAAGGAUCCUGCAUAUGCCAACUCUCAGACCUGGUUGUUGAGUACAUCAAGCUUGCAUGCCGGCGUGCGUCUCAUGGGUACUGGAUUUGGUGCUGUAUACCCUGAUGGCUAUGGCAUCAACUACAUGCCUGCUCCUAAACUCAUCAAAUUCGGUAUUGAAUCCAAACGUGGUGCCAAGAGUGUGUCAACCAAGGAAUUUGCAGAAAACAUCCGACAGGCGCUGCGGGACCUCAGAGUACUUUGCGAA